AUGCCUAGUUCUUUACUUUUCGGCAUCAAUAACGAAGGAAGAGUUCACACGCUUUCAACAACCGGCUCCGGAUGGCGAGAAUUACCGUACGUAGGACAAGAAUUCAAAAAACUAUCAGCAGUUCCCUACUUUCUAUGGGCUCUAGGAGGAGAUCAUCAAAUAUACGUUUAUGUAUAUGGUUUAGACGUACCAAUAAAAGUCGUGGAAGAAGCCUACGAAAAUGAGAGGUGGCUUCCGAUAGAAGGCUUCACUUCUCGCCUGCUCCCCACCGAUCGAUAUCACUUCUCCAAUGCAGAAGGUUCCGAAGACCGCAGCAUCGAUAAAAUCCGCUUGCCCUCGAUGGCUUGGCAAUGGGAAGGCGACUGGCAGAAAGAAUUAACCUUAAACGGCCAACCUUUAGACCACGAUGGCUGGACGUACGCCGUCGACUUCCCAUCCACUUAUUACCCCAAAAAACAGUGGAAAAGCUGCGUAAGAAGAAGGCUCUGGGUCCGAUCGAGGAGAUACUGCGCUGUGAAUUCCUUGUGCGCUAUUGCACCCUUACAUAAAGACGCUACAAAUGAGCCUUUCAUAGACGUCUCCAUAGGCGGUCAAAAUGUAGCCGGUGCUGUCAACGGUACCAUGCUUGUAUGGGCUGUUACAUCUCACAAUAGGGUAAUGUACAGAUCAGGCGUGAGCACGAAAUCCCCGGAAGGAGCUCGUUGGAUUCACGUUCAAACGCCGCCCGGCAGCGAAGUGUGCCAAAUAAACGUGGGGCCCACCGGGCUCGUCUGGGCUUCCACAAUAAACGGCACCGCUUUGAUACGAGUGGGAGUAGGCCGGGAUAAUUUGCAAGGCGACGCCUGGGUAUCGGUACCCAGUCCGGCCGAUAAUCUUCGAAUCGUUCAGCUAUCGGUAGGCACCUGCGCCGUUUGGGCCGUCACGCACGACAAACAGAUUUGGUUUAGGAAAGGAGUGAAAGGAGAAGGCGCGAGCUUGAGCGAGGAACUAUCGACCGGCUGCGGUUGGGUGGAAAUGGUCGGUCGCAUAAGCCACGUAUCGGUCGCGGCGAACGAUCAAGUAUUCGCCGUGGGCGCCGACGACAGGCUGAUUUACCAACGAACCGGCGUCACGCAGGAGAAUUUAACCGGAAAGCGUUGGCACGCCCUGCGGGCUCCCUUGCAAGUCAGCAGAGCCAGCAGCAACGCCAGCCUGAGCAGAGACAGAUUCCACAAGAGCUAUUGUAAUCUUCAAUCGAGGCCCAGCAGCAUGAUAGAACAAUCGGCCAUGACGGAAUGGGAUAGCCACGCUCAUUCGGCCCCCAACGCCCCGGCCUCGUUGCCCGUGGGCGAUCUCAGCAACGCCAGGUACGAGAUACAGCCGAAGAACCCGAAGGCUUGGAGCCCCGUGCAUUCCGUUGGUUCGAUAGUCGGCAUGGAAGUGCAUCCGGAAACCGACGAGAGCGUUUGGAGCGAAUCCAGCAGGGAUUCCUGCAUUUUUGCGGACGACGAGGAACUCGGCUGGGCGGACUACGAGGCGCCUUGGUCUUGCGUAGAAUCGGGCGCUUGUACGAUAGAUACAUCCCAAAUGCCGAACUGGUUCGGCGACUUGGACAUCCAGAACGCGAGCGCCCAUUUCAACAAGCCGUGGAGAUUGAAAAUUCUGGAGGAUCUGAAGAUGCGGCUUCCGCUGAAAAACUCAUUCUCGAACUACGAGCUGGCCGUCAACACGACGUCUUGGGUACACGCCGGAGAAGCCAGGGUCAGUUUCCACACGUCCGCCUUCCAGGAUUGCAUCUUGCAGCUGGAGUGGAUCGAAACCACCGGAACGCUGACGAUACUGAAUCCCGACGGAGCGACAACGAUGCAUUCGUUUAGUCUCGGCGAUGUGACGUGCGUUCAAUUGUGCAGCGAGCCGGGCAGUCCCCGACUGGCCAUCCACAUUCCCCGACAUUCCACUAGGGUAGUUCGAAUUCAGUUCAGCAGCGACGCCUUGCUCGAAGAAUGGCAGGCCUUGUUCGCUACGAGUUGCGGGAAAAUACACGACACUUUAAAUAAACCGUGCGACGAGAGCGUUUGGGCCGUCACCCACCUGGGCGACAUCUUCAUCUGGGACCCGUCGCAGCUGGAGGGCAAUCAGUUGAGAGAGGACGAUUGCUAUCUGCAGAAAUUCGACCUCAGUCGCAAGGAGUCCCCGUUCAAAGUGGCCUUGCACGGUGGCUGCAUGCCCGGCACUAUUAUAACGUUGAACGGUUGCAUAGGCGACGACGCUGAUCGAAUAGCCAUCAAUUUAGAGGCUCCUAUUAGUUAUAAAAUGAGGCAUAAAGCGCACAGCGAAUUGGAGAACGUCUGCUUGCACAUCAACCCGAGGUUCUCGGAAAACGUCGUCGUUAGAAACGCUUUGAUCGAAGGCAGAUGGGGCGAGGAGGAAAGAGACGGCGACAAUCCGUUCGUGAAAGGUCAUGAAUUCAAUCUUCGCAUCGAAACGACCGAAGACGCUUACCAUAUAUUCGUCAACGAUCGGCAAUUCGCGACGUUCAGACACCGAAUGCCGCCGCAGUCCGUUUCCGUGCUGAGUUAUUGGGGUAAAAUGCAGCCCUUCAAGCUCGUCAUAAAGAACCCAGUCCUCAUAAUGGACAUGCUGGACUUGUACUGGAGACAAUUGGGCGGGCAUUUGAAGAAGGUGGAAAGCUGUUGGGCCGGCGUUACCUGGGGAAUCGGCUACGACCGAACCGCUUGGGUGUACACCGGAGGUUGGGGCGGCGGGUUUCUCGGUACCCUAGACAGCAGCAACGUUCAUCCCAUGACGGAUUCGCAGGAUUACAGAGUGUACGAGAAUCAACGGUGGAAUCCCGUCACCGGUUACACAUCAGCAGGCCUGCCGACCGAUAGAUACAUGUGGAGCGACGCGACGGGCAAAAAGAAACGCACUAGAGACCAGGUGAAGUUGCUGUCGGUCCAUUGGCAAUGGGUGUCCGAUUGGAUGACGGACUUCCACGUGCCGGGCGGCGUCGAUCGCGAGGGAUGGCAGUACGCCGUCGAUUUCCCAUCGACCUAUCACGCGAACAAGCAGUUCACGGACUACGUGCGACGGCGACGGUGGUACAGGCGGUGCGCCAUCGCCACCACCGGCCCCUGGCAGGAAUUGGGCCAUACGAAGCUGAUGGACGUGAGCUUGGAGCCGGUCGGCGAUUCGGUCGAUGCUAUCGUGAGCCUUUGGGCGCUGGCCACCGGCGGGCAGGCUAUGGUUAGAGUGGGCGUUUGCAGAUCUAAUCCUGCUGGUCAUGUAUGGGAGCACGUGAAUACCGACCAACCGUUGAACAGUAUUAGUUGCGGCCCGUACAAGCAGGUGUGGGCUGUCGGGAAAAAAGGCUGUGCUUAUUAUCGUUUAGGAAUCACCGAAGAUAAACUGGAAGGGGAUAAGUGGAUGUGUAUAGAAUCGCCGCCGGGGGCGCCGCUCAAGCAGAUAUCGGUCAGCAGUACCGGAGUGUGGGCUGUGGAUCAACUGGGGCGAUUGCACGUUAGAAAGGAGAUAACGUCGACUUUUCCUGAAGGGACCCAUUGGCAAACGAUAGUUGCCGAUCCUACGAUUCUGAAUUCUGCUCCUGAUACGACGGGUUUUAGGCAAGUGUCUGUCAGCCAUAAUCAAGUUUGGGCUACUACUAAUGGUGGAGUUAUUGUGAGGAGGGAAGGCAUAUGCGCUGCUAAUCCAGCGGGAUCGGGAUGGGAUAUAGGCAUAAACGGAGACUGGCAACAUAUAAGCGUUCGAGCUUUUAAUUAG